CAGGCGGCAAACUGCAGGUAUUUCUAUCUAGAGCAGGAUGUCAAUUCACGAGCCCUGGAGGAUACAUUGAUCAGCCAGCUGAAGCGGUUGCCUGAGAUACUCUCCGACAACGCAUACAUCAAGGACCGAGCUUGCUUAUCCAACCUGCCUGGGAGCUCGCUCGAUUUUGAGAAGAUGGUGAGCCAGGUGGUUGCGAGCGGCCCCUUCCAGACGGAGCUAGGUGACAUCCCCGAGCCGUUGCGGGGGCAGGCUGACCGGCUCGCCGACGCGGUUCAGGAGGUGCACGAGAACAUGGGCCAUUGCAGCAACGAGAGUUUGGCCAUGGCGCUGAAGUACGGCAAGGGUUGGCAGGUCCCCAUCGAGGCGGCGCAGCAUCUGGCGCGCCCGAGCUGCGUGGACCGUAAGCGGCCUAGGCUGGCCAUGCCGUCCAAGGCGCCCCCAACCUACCAGUUCGGCGAUGUCAUCGGCGCGGGCAUCUUCUUCGUUUUCGGCCCCGAGAACACCGCCAAG